GUAAUUCACUUCUUUCAUACACAAAAAAUAAAAUGGCCAACAUUAAUAUUCCAACCAUCGAUCUGAAUCAAGAUCAGAUACAAAAUGUCGUUGAAAAACUUUAUGAGAUCAAAAAAAGCACCAGCAAAGACUUACGAUCCAAAGACUUUACAUUGGAAAAUGGGCAAGUGUGGACCAGCUGGACCAUGAGAGAAAGCGCGUAUAAAAAGAAGGCUGAGUCAUUGCCUACCAUGGCUCGGGGAAUCUUUACACAAAAUAUUGAUGGAGAUUAUUUUAUCAAGGUCAGGGGUUAUGACAAGUUCUUCAACGUGCUUGAGACAACAGCAACCCAGUGGCCCUACCUUGAAAAAGAUACAGUGGGUCCUUACGAAGUUACAGCAAAAGAGAAUGGCUGUAUUAUUUUUAUUGCUGCUUUAUCCAAAGAAAGUGUGAUUGUGACCUCGAAGCAUUCAAUUCCUGCCAUAAAGACGGACAGUCAAGCACACGCUGGUGUUGGCUACAACUGGGUUUUAAAACAUCUAGAUUCGGUGGGCAAGACUGAGCGUGAUUUAGCAGAAUGGCUUUUUGACAAGAAUGUCACCUUGGUUGCAGAGUUGUGUGAUGAUGAAUUUGAACAGCAUAUCCUUCCAUAUACAGGCAAAGAACGUGGGCUUUAUCUUCAUGGCAUCAACUAUAACACAGAUAUAUUACAUACCCUUCCAAGCGAUCUUGUACAGAAAACAGCGAUAGAGUUUGGUUUCCAUGUGACAGAUUAUAAAGUAUUUGAGACGAUGAAGGAAGUAAAGCAGUACGGAGACGAAAUGCAGCAAACAGGGCUAUACGAUGGACGAGAGGUGGAGGGAGCUGUUGUUCGUUGUAAACGAAAUGGAAAUGACUUUAUGUUUAAGAUCAAAAAUGAGCAAUAUCUGGUAUACAGAGAAUAUCGUGAAGUAACCAAAGCAUUAAUCGAAGUUUCCGAUGAAGGCCUCGUUACCAUCAACUCUAAAAAAGCUAGAUGUACAUACGAAAAGACCCCUUAUUAUAUUGAAUGGUUGCAUAAACGUGUUAUAGAUAAACCUGAAUGGUUUCGUGAGUUCAAGUUCCAAAAGGGUAUCAUUCACGCACGUCAAGAAUUUGAGAAAUUUUGGGAGGCUGGCAAGCUGUCAGAGUUAUAAUUUAUAUUUUUAAAAAUUACAAUAAAAUCUUCUUUCACCAAAU